ACAUGCAAGGCAUCUUAACUUCCUGUUCCACCAAAGACCAAAGUCCUCUUAUCAGUUUCUGCAGAGCCCUCUUUCAUGAAACCCAGAGCCCUCUUUCAGUACCCGACGUGUUCUCCUCGAGAGACAGAGAAUCUCCUCCUGGAUUCAUGAGUAGUCCGAGUUCGAGUCCCCGGCAGGAUGAUGGAAUGGAAAGUUCGAGCAUGGAUGAGCAGUGUGAUUCCAGGAUGUUUAAGUGGUGUGAAGUGAUGCAAACAGAAGUACAUGAGGGACCCUAUCCGCCAACAUCACAAUGCUACGACUUGCUCAUCAGAUUAACAGUCCUCAUGCAAGCGGGGGCUUUUAUGAUAGACACCAAUCCACCUCAUUCUUUUCUUUAUAAUUUUCUGAAGGAACCAGGUAUAUUAGGGGAAUCAAAGAUUUGGGUCAACUUCACCUCUAUAGACAAACAACAUCAGAGCCUGAAGGACUUGAUGUUUUCGCUUUGUUUCAUGGGCGUUGAGCAAAAAGACUGCCGAGAUAUUGCUGUAGAAAUAUUAAAUAAAGUUCAAUCGGCCAUCCCCCUUCCCCAGUUGGCUAUUGAUGUGACCGUAAGGCUCAUGUGUUCUGAAUUGUAUGGAAGAUUUGACGGUUUUGAUGAUAUGCGCUUGUAUCGCUAUGCAAAGAAAUCAUGGGACGACUAUAGGGCUGCUACUACCUCCUGCACUGGUUCUCAUAUGCCUCCAUCAUCAUGUGCUGUUUGUUUGGAAGAUUUUGGAGGUGGAGUUGAUGAUAAAAUGAUUGCUCGUUUGCCGUGCUUACAUUAUUUUCAUGCAGCUUGCACUGCCCAGUGGAUUAAUAUCCGUCGCACGUGUCCCGUGUGCCGAACCCAAAUGAUGCCACUUCUAUGUGAUGGGAAUGAACCCUUCAAUCCUAACCCUAUCUGGCCUGUAUGACAAUAAAUUAUUCCCAGUGGGGGCACAAGGCCCAGACGCAAGGAAGAAAACAGAAAAAAAAAAAAAAAAAAACUAGUCUGUCUUAGAAGAUCUAUCAUCUUUGUGUGUGAAUUGACUUUUUGUAUUUUGCAUUCUGUCAGUUUUUUAAUAUUUUUUGAUAUUAAUGUGUAAGAGUGGUAUUUAUUUAUUUAGGCACUUUUGAAGGGGAGAAGUUUUCUUUCAUACUGUGUAUAAUGUUUUGAUUCUCGAUUCCUCAUAUUGCAGAGAAAA